AUGGGUUACGCAAUUCUGCCAGCGCUGAUUCCCGACAUCCAGAAGGUCUACGAUUCAUAUUUCAGUGCCUUCACUGGUGAUGAGAUGGGAGAGAUCAUGGUCAAAGUUCUCUUCCCCAACGGCGUAGACUCUGAAGAAUUCCGCAAGGCACACACCGCUGGCACGUUGGCCUGGUGGCAUCACAGCGACUGCCAGUACACCUACAAGUGCGUCGACACCGAGACUGGCGAGAUCGUGGGCAUGGCCCUGGGCGACAUCUAUCUCAGAGAGCGUACCGAAGAGGAGCGCAAGAACCAUGGUGUUGGCUGGCUCGAAGGCAAAGACAGAGAGCGAGCCGAGGCUGUUCUCAACCCCCUGCACGAAGCUAGAGAGAAGCUGUUUGGCGGUCGCCGCUACAUCUACUCCCAUGUUAUUGCGGUCGAUCCCAAGCACCAGGGCAGAAAGGCCGGUGCCCUCUGGUGUAAGUGGGGAGCGGAACUCAGCGACAGCCUGGGUCUCCCUCUGUACUUUGAGUCGUCCCCUUCCACAUACAAGCUCUACGAGAAGAUGGGCUACGAGACUCUGGACGAAACGAUUGUUCACAGCGCGGAGCUCAUGGGACAGCCGGAAGACACAGUCGUUCCCCUCAUGGUCAAGAUGCCUGCAUGCGCGGGGGGUAUGACUUUUAAGGAGUGGCGUGCUGCCGGGUACCCUGCCUUCAAUGAGGUCAAGAGCGUCCCGGCCGCUUCCGUGGUCGAUAUGAUUGGUGUCGACAAGAAGGCUAGCAAUGGUACCAUGGCUGUGGAGGUGCAGGUUCAGGAGGUACAUGUCUGA